ACCUUACAGCUGAUUUCCUUCGAUGGAGUGUUUUUGCUUGUUGGUCGUGUUCUCUCUGCUAGCGAGAGUAUGAUUCCGCACGUAUUGAAAUUUUCACUAGGGCUGUGAUAAACAACGUGUUUUAGCAGUAAAACGCAGAAGAUCAUGGCACAAGCUGCGCAAAUGAUCGUCAAUGAAAUCAGUACUCCACUCCGUGUUGACCACGACAAAAAACGACGGCAAUUUACAAUCAGACUAAACGGUUCUCAUGAUCGAGCUGUUUUGCUGUAUGACUACGUGGGGAAAAAGACUGUGGACCUGCAACACACUGAGGUUCCUGAUGCAUUUAGAGGGAGAGGUAUUGCCAAGCAUCUGGCAAAGGCGGCAAUGGACUUUGUGGUGGAGGAAGACUUGAAGGCCCAUCUAACCUGCUGGUACAUACAGAAGUAUGUCAAAGAGAAUCCCCACCCACAAUACCUGGAGCACAUCAUCCACUGAGACAGGGACUAGGGGAGGGGAUUGGGGGGGUGGGGGUGGAAGUUGGUGAGCGUGUUCCUACACCCGGUCCAUCUUGACUUUCUGGGUGUGGGUUGAGAUGGGAUAUGUGAGCCAGAGGGGGAAUUUCUAACCUUUCACAUGAGGAUGGAAGUGGUAAAUGGUGAGUGCUCAUUAAGAACCUUAUUCUCUGCAUUACUGUGGGGUUCUCACAGCCAUGGAGGAUAGGAAGGAUGCGCAGCACCAACCUUAAAAAAAAAAAAAAAAGAACCUUACUGGAGGACUCCACCAGCCUCUUCUACCUUCUGUCUCUCAGGAUAUAACGAGGUAGAGGACCCCCUCAUCCAACAGGGAGGGGUCUGUAAUCAUGUUUGUUACAUACAAGAUGACUGUUGUUGAGUGAUGGAGUAACAACUGCCUGCGGUCAGAACACUGUCAGGUCUGCAAUGGUGUAUGGCCUUGAGUUACAUUACCAUGGACUGUGCAAGUUCAUAUUAUGUUAUGCUUUGGGCAGGUGUGAACUGCCCACUAUUACUGAUGGGGAGCAGUAGAGGUUUGAAGGCCCCAAAGGUUUGAUCUUCAUGCUGUGGUGCUGUUCCAUAUCAGCACAUAAACAGUUGCACACAUAUACAGAGGGGUGAUUCAAUUAAAGGAAAAACCAACAUAAAAUGGCUUAGUAAGGUGUUGGGCCACCACGAACCACCAGAACCGCUUCAGUGUACCUUGGCAUUGAUUCUACAAGUCUCUGGAACCCUACUGGCGGGUUGGAACACCAUACUUCCGAAAGAUAUUCCCUCUAACACAUCGGUCCAAAAUCUUGCAUAAGUGUUCAAUUGGGUUGAGAUCUGGUGACUUGCGAAGGUCAUAGCAUAUGAUUCACAUCGUUUUCAUACUCAUCAGACUAUUCAGUGACUCCUCGUGCCCUAUUUAAUUGAAAGCCUUUAUUGUCAUUGUAUUUGCAUACAAUGACAAACGGAGGGAUUGAUGGAUGUGUGGAUGAGGGCAUUGUCAUCCUGGAAGACACCACUCCCAUCAGGGUCAAAAUGUUUUGCACAAAGGUUAUCACUCAGAACAACUUUGUGUUGAUAUGCAGUGACCCUUCCUUCUAAGGGGACAAGUGGACACAAUUUGCCAGCAAAAUGCCCCCCACAGCAUAACAGUUACCAGAUCGCCUCACUGUAGGGGUGAAGCAUUCAGGCCUGUACCGUUCUCUUUCUGUACGCCACCCAUGCACUCGGCUGCUUGUUAAGAAUAUGGUGAAAGAUGACUCACCCAUCUCUGCAGACCAGUGCCUAUGGUUUUUUGCACCACUGAACACUCAAAUGUGCAUUCAUAUUUGUAAUAAGGGGGUUAUGCACUGCAACCCUACUAUAAUAUCUCUCGCUAUGUCGGCGUACUGUUCUUGCUGACACAGUCUGAUCACAAACUGCAUUGACAUUCUCAGUCCCCUGGGGAGUUGCGCUUCUGGUUUACCUUGCAUAUCGCACUAAUACAUGAGCAUCAAAUGUGUGCUGUGCCGACCCUAUUUACUGACGUCUUUCCCAUUGAUCUAAAUGCAGAUGUCAUUUUAGCCACUGUUUGUAUUCAAACACUAGGCAGUUUGUAUUCAAACACUGUUCUAACAAUGAAGCGUCUUUCAAAGUUACAUAGAUCGUUUCUUCUUGCCACCUUGAUCCAAAAUCAUAAUCAACUGGGCCUGCUCAGUGUUUUUAUACAUACCACAGAGCAUGGCUGGAUUGUUAAUUGUCUAAUUGCAGUGCAUCUGUGUGGAAGCAUCUGCUUUUGUUGUUUCUUCACUCAUUUAAAUCAGGUUUUUCCUUUAAUUUGUCACCCAUCUGUAUUUUAAAUUUGAGAUCACAUACAAAAACGCUCCAUUCUCUUAACAUGAAACACUGUGUUGAACAGUUUUCAUCAGCUGAUGACUUUACUGCAUGUAGUCAGUAGAAUCUGUCUAGAUGAUGUCCACUGACACCAUCAGGGCCUUUGGGGAGUAUUAGCUGUGACUCUUAUGACAAUCCGCUGUCUACUUCAGGACAUGAAUCUUCAGGACUGACGUUAAUAAUGUCAAAUUGCUUUCAGUGCAUGUGGUUUCAGGUUUGUUUCUGCUAUUACUGUGUGUUAAGGUUUAGGUGUGUGUGUGUGUGUGUGUGUGUGUGUGUGUGUGUUUGUGUGUUUCUACCAGAAUGAUUUUUGUUCGGAUGGGUAUGUUUGGAUGGUGAAUGGUGUUUAGUUUUGUUUGUGUGUGAGAGGAGAUUUUAUUUGAGCGUUCCAAAGGAAGUGUGCCUCUAACUUUUGUAUGUGUUUAUGAAUUGGUUGACACCUUAUGUGCAUGUGCUGUCUAUUGUACGAGACUGUGUAUGUGACAUAUGUUUGAGAGAAUGUGAAUGCAGUUAUGAAUAAUGUCUGUGUUCAUUUCACAGUUAUUUUUCAUGUAGUGUUACUCUGACAAAACAAACCAGAGGUCAUUGACUCAUUGUCACUCUUGUGAAAUCCAUAAAUCACACAAGAUAGGUGUUUUAUCAUGACGCAUUACAACAUGAUGGCCAUGUGCAUUACAAAACCAGUUGCCAUCAUCUGCCAGCACCCUCAUGUCCUUGGGAGCGGCAAAUGUCAUGAUAGAAAGUGAUACAUGGGACAUAAAACUGCUUGAAGUUCUAAAUGUUUAACCUUUAUGUACUUUUUAAAAUAAAUAAAUAUAUAUGUAAAA